AUGACGUCGGCGAAAGAUAGUUGGCACCCGGCCGACCAGCGGGAGCAACCUCCACCACCCGGUCACCUCCCGCCCAGCCAGUCUCAGUCUGGCCGACAGUCCCCAAGUGGGAUACAUCGUUACCAGCCGCCUCCUUCUCAAGGAAAUUUCUACCAAGCACCUCCACCCACAUCACAAGCUGGACCACAGGCUGCACCACAAUCGCAGUUACCACACCUACCAGGUCUCUCGUCGGGACAACCUCCGUACCCUCUCCCGUCGCUACAAGGGGGCCCUCAGGGCCCUCCUCAUCCACACAUACUUGACCGGCCACACGAAACAAGGCCCCCCCACUCACAGAUUCCGCAGCUUGCGAGUCCUCCUAUUGGGAUAGGGCAGCAACAGCAAUCGGGCCCAGGCCAUCUAUACCCUGCAUCACACCCUCCGAAUCCUCAACAGCAGCCUCCUGCUCAACCUCAGGAUCGUCUGGGACCUAUCACACCGGCUAAUAAUGCCCAACCACUCCCUGCAAUAGCUUCACACCCGCUUCAGGCUUUAGCUCAACUCCCUCAGCAAGGUGGACCUCAGCCACCUCAACCUCACCAAGAAGCUGUUGCGACAAUAGUCAAUGCCCAACCUGCCGGCCUCGUGAAUAUACCCAUUGGUGCACAAGCGUCGAUGCCCCCUUCGUACCGUCCGCUUAACGUUAAAGACGCUUUGUCCUACUUGGAUCAGGUGAAGGUUCAAUUCGCUGAGCACCCCAAUGUUUACAACCAGUUCCUGGACAUCAUGAAAGACUUUAAGAGCCAAGCUAUUGAUACCCCGGGUGUUAUCGAACGCGUUUCGACCCUUUUCGCCGGAAAUCCAAAUCUAAUCCAGGGGUUCAAUACGUUUCUACCCCCGGGAUACCGGAUUGAGUGCUCUAGCGACCCCUCGGAUCCCCAUUCGAUUCGUGUAACUACGCCCCAAGGGACAACAACCGCAACUUCAGGGUUGCCUCCAAAUCUCCACCUUCAGGGGGUAGUCCCCCCUGCUGGACAGGUAAACGGGGGGUGGAGGCAACAGGAUGCAUGGGGAGAACCGGCUGGCGCUAGGUUCAGGUUCAGCGGAGACGAGCCUGGGCCCUCCGAGAGACCGCCGCCGGGCGAACCAAUGCGCGCGGGACAGGUCCAAGGCCGUCCGGGCCAUCCCAUGGCCAAUCAGCCCGCACAUCUUCAGCAGCCUCAGCCGCUCCAGGCCAAUUCUGGGCAGCCUUCGGGCAUAGACACGGUCAACCAGCUUCAAAAUGCUGUAGCUGCGGCUAAUGGAACCGGUCCUUUGUCUGGGGGCCAAAUGAGGCAAGCACCCCCCAAUGGCCCGUUGGGGCAGCCGGUGGCGAACGGCCCGCUCACCCCAGGCGCUGAUGUAAAGCGUGGCCCUGUGGAAUUUAACCAUGCUAUUAGCUACGUUAACAAAAUCAAGACACGGUUUUCGUCGCAACCAGAGAUUUAUAAAAAUUUCCUGGAGAUAUUGCAGACAUACCAACGUGAAAGCAAGCCUAUUCAAGAGGUGUAUAGUCAAGUGACACAGUUAUUUAACGCUGCACCGGAUUUGCUGGAAGAUUUCAAGCAGUUUUUACCAGAGAGUGCUGCCCAGGCAAGGCAGAAGCCUGAUGACCACCCGAGGGAAAUGAACGGAAUGGGUGGCCCUGGUGGACGGGGGCCUCCUCCGCAAGGCCAUUUCGCUCCUCCUUUGGCUGCUCCCAAAGACACCGGAAAGAGGAAGCGUCCAGCCCAACCUGUUCUGUCGAAUUCUCGUGAUUCAGGAAUAGCUCCUCUGCCGAAUAACCCACUUCACGACUUGAAUGUUGGGCCGAGCCCGGGUCCUCGGGGAGCUGCAGCUAAUAAGCGUCCUAAGAUUAUGCAUAAAGCAGCGGAAGCCCCCGUCUCCCCUACCCUCAUCCCUGCACCACCGACACCUCUUCUUCCGGCAGACCCAGUUGGAGCCACAGGUGAAGAGAUUGCUUUCUUCGAUAGAGUCAGAAAGUACAUCGGAAACAAGCAGACUUACAAUGAGUUCCUGAAGCUGUUGAACCUUUUCAGCCAAGAUCUCAUGGACAAGUCGUUGCUUAUAGUCACGCUGGAAACGUUCCUAGGUAGCAACCCGGAACUUUUUAACUGGAUUAAGCGCUUUCUCGGUAUUCAGGAUAAGGCCGAGGACAGCGUGCAGAAUGCCUUAAAGAAGAGCCAAAAGGUUCGGCUUAACGUUUGCCGUGCUCUAGGUCCUAGUUAUCGCCUAUUGCCAAAGCUCGAAGCCACAAAGCCAUGCAGUGGCCGUGAUGAUAUGUGCCGUGAAGUGUUGAACGAUGAAUGGGCUUCACACCCAACUUGGGCUAGUGAAGACUCGGGCUUCGUCGGUCACAAGAAGAACCAGUAUGAGGAAAUGCUCCAUCGCGUUGAAGAAGAGAGACACGACUAUGAUUUCCACAUUGAGGCGAACUUGCGAACGAUUCAGCUUCUAGAGCCUAUUAACCAGAGGAUUGCCACGAUGACUAAUGAGGAGAAGGCAAAUUUCCGAUUGAGUCCUGGUCUCGGAGGUCAGAGUCGAACUAUUUACCAACGCUGUAUCAAGAAAGUUUAUAGAGACGACGGCCUUGAAACAAUCAAACAGCUACACGAACAACCUGCUUACGCCGUGCCUAUUAUUCUUAGGCGACUAAAACAAAAGGAUGAAGAAUGGCGUUUUGCGCAGCGUGAGUGGAACAGGGUUUGGCGUGAGCAAACGGGGAAGAUCUUUUAUAAGAGCCUUGACCACCAAGGAAACACCUUCAAGCAAAAUGACAAGAGGAACACAACCAACCGGCAUUUUAACGCCGAAAUCGAUGCCCUCUACAAGGUUGCAGAUGCUUCAAAUACCGACAAAUCCUAUCAUCUGAAGUUUAGUUUUCCAGAUCUAGACGUUUUGUUGGACAUUUGCCGUCUGUUGUCUACUCAAUUAGAAAAAGAUGGCGCUUAUUCUUACUCCGAGCGCCAAAAGAUCUCACAGUUUAUCAGGAAUUUUAUCCCCACAUUCUUUGGAAUCAACAAGGACGACGUGGAGAGUGCGAUAGGUAGCUUCUCGCGAAAGUCUCCAGAUGAAGACGUAGAUAUGGACCACGCCGAUUCAUCUUCAGGAAGACGCAAGAACAAAGAGUCGAAUCUCCUCCAAGAUGUCCUCAAGCGAUCUCGUGGGGGUAAAACCCACAAAGCAGAUGGCACUGGCAGUCGCGGGUCCACCCCUGAACUUUCGAAUGAGGAUGACCUUAUGGAGGUUGACGGCCUUGAUUCGGAACCAGUCCCACCGAACGCCCCUGCCACUUGGAUAAACCCUACUGGCCCAUCUCGUCCCUCCAAUGGGAUCGAAGCCUUGAAUACUGCACCGGGCACAGACGCCCGGGACGUUGUUGUCUCCGAACUAAAAGAGCGAAAUGUGUACAACUUAUUUGCUAAUGGUAGCAUUUACUGCUUUAUGAGGCUGCUUCAGUCUGUAUACCAGCGGCUGUUGGACGUCAAAAGCUGUGAGGAGGUCGCUAAAGUGACGCUGAGUCGUCGAAAAAACAACACGACUGCUCGCAAGCUUGGAUUGAUCCCUCAGGCACAUGACGAAUUCUUUACAGUUGCGGAUGACGCCAACUAUUACCAACAAGUGUUAGAACAUGCUGAGAGGCUCAUUCUUGGAAAUAUCGAUUCUAAUGUAUUCGAAGACGGAAUGCGCUCAGUUUACAUCCAGAAGGGUUGGCAGCUCUACACAAUAGACAAACAUAUUGCCACUCUCAACAAGACAAUUCAAACAUUUGUCGGUGAUGGUGGUAAAGAGAAUAGUAACGAGAUCCUAAAGCUCUUCGACAGAGAUAGAGCUGAAGAGAAGACAAAUUUCCAACUCCAAAUGUCAUAUCGACGGGAUGUUGAACUCUUCAUAGGGCGUGAGGAGCCAACAUAUCGAAUUGAAUGGAACACCGAGACAAAGGAGAUGGCCAUUCAAUUGCUCUUCAGAGUUGACCCGACACAUACGGCCAAGUUAACAAAAGAUGAAAAAUGGUCUUACUACGUGGACUCGUACAUAAUGGCACAGCCCACCGAAGGCGUCGACGUCCCAAAGAAACCACCAUUCCUGCCCCGUAAUCUUCCCGCACCAGAGGCGAUUGACUCCUUUAGCUCGAGAGACUGCGAACUCAGCGGUUCGUAUAGCUAUAAGAAGCCGAUUAUCCAAGAAGGGUUGGAGCUGAAGAUCUGCGUAAAUACGUAUAAGUUGUAUUUCACGCCUGGUACCACCGAUGUUAUGAUCAUGAGUGGAGAAUCUAGACAAAGAUCUUUGGAUGCAGAGAAGAGAGGUACAUCGAAGCGAAAACGAGUCUUUGAGUCAGAGUAUGUUAAUAGCAGGAAAAAACUGAAGGAUGCACUGCCAGAAGAUGUAGUAUUGGGAUUUGAUGAAAGAGAGGGCUUAUGGAAGCCUUAG